CGGACUCUGAUCUAUUCCAAGGCGUCGUGAUUUGAUCUGAGAAUCAUUAUUACUGAGCCGGAAUUUGAGAGGUUAACAAGUACCUGGUGGCCGUAAUCCGCACUAGUAUGAAGCUUUUGAAGCUGCCAGAGCGGCGGCGUUUUGCUCCACUGGCGCAAAACGACGUCGUCGACGAGAACGACGGUGUACGGAGGAGGAGCAUGAGUCACUCGUAUAAGAAACUAGCUCCGCCGCCGCUGCUCACGCUCUCCGUUCUGAAGCUCGACGGCUCUGUUUUCGAAAUUCAGGUUGGGAGAACUGCGACUGUAGCAGAGCUCAAACAAGCGGUAGAGUUGGUGUUUACUUCUUGUAAAAGCAACAUUCCAUGGUCACUAGUUUGGGGGCAUUUCUGCUUGUGCCAUGUAGAUAAGAAGCUAACUAAUGAUAGAGCGAAUAUUCGGAAUUUUGGGAUCAAGGAUGGUGAUCAAAUUGAAUUCAGUAGGCAUAUGUCCAUCAGCAACAUGCCUCUCGAAAAAGGGUCUCAGCAUGAGAGUGUGCCUUACAGACGGCAUUUAGUGUUGUCAUAUGGAUCAAAUGGUCAUGAGGAAAAAGUUCAGAAAGGUCCUGAGGAUUUUGACAAUAAUUUCAGUCAGGAGGAUGACUCUGGGGAUCAUCCCAAAAGAGAUGUGGAGAAAAUAGAGAAGGGUUCAGAGAAUUUUGACAAAAAAGUCAGUCAGGGUGACGACUUUGAGGAUCAUCCCAGUAGAGAUGUGGAGGAAGGUCCUGUGCCUGAAAGCAAGUCGCCUCGUUUCUGGAAAGGGUGGCUCUCAUACUCCAAGGUUGUUGGAGGUUUUAAGAAAGGUAUCGAAAGGCAGGAAUUGUUGAUUGAGAUGCCUGAGUUCCUCAGGAAACGGAUCUAG